AUGAAGACCUUCAUUGCCUCUCUCGCCCUUCCCCUCCUGGCUGCUGCUGCUCCGGCCAUGCAGACCCGCGAAGCCAACCCUCCCUUCAGCGUCAUGGCCAUCCGCUCCGCCUCACCCAUCCACUACUCCCAAAUGAACGCCGCAGGCCAGAAGUUCUAUCUCGGCGGCAAGACCUCCUCCUACUGCCCCGACCUGGAAGGCAUCACUUGCCCCGCGGGCAACCAGACCGUCAUCGCCGGUGGCGGAAGCGCCCUCGAUGGUGAGGUCCCCGGCGGUCAGCAAAUCUACGUCGACCCCACUGGAGCUCUGAGCUUCACCCAGGCCCACUCCGCUUUUAUCCCCGCUGGUUCCGCCAUCGGUGGUCUCAAGUAUGAGGCUGGCAAGCCUUGGUCCCACUACACCUUCAACGGCUGGGGCGCCAGUGGCUUCAUGGCUUGCCCCACUGAUGACAACCGCUGGCAGGUGUACGCUGCCAUGCAGAACGCUACUGUCCCCUCCGGCAACGUUGACGACUGCCUCGGUUUCUCCGCCAUGGCUCUGCCCUACAAGGGUCCCGUCCCUGCCUGGCAGUACAUCUAG